UACCUACUGCAUGAUUCAACCCUCCCGUCCAAUGCUAGUACUCACAAAAAGGUACUUGCAACAUACAUUAGGUACUCCCAAAGCCACUUGUUGAUUACUCUCGAACUACUCUAGAGUACCUACCCCAAGAUGAUUCGCCGCUCAUUGCACGGAAGAGGCACAGGAAAGCAAAAACGGGCCAACCUACCAAAGGCAACAAGCUCGCACGCCAACAAAGCAGGUGCCUGGAAAGAAGCCAUCCGAAACAAGCUAGAGGACGAUCGUUUCAACGAUGCCACGAUUGUCUGCAGUGAUGGCAAGUCGAUACGAUGCCAGAGUUUCAUGCUUCGCGUGCACAGCGAUGUGCUGGACGAGAUGUGGAACAACAGAGAAGAAGACACGGUGGAAGCCCCCAAGUUUCGGUCGACUGUCAUGGCGAGGAUCAAGGAAUACUGUCAUCUCGGAGAAGUUACCAAACUGAAUGACGCAACUGAGUUGAACUGCGUUGACGCUGCGGCAGAGAUGCACGACGUGAUGGACACGGUCAUUGCUGCCGACUACUACAACAUUGACGGCCUCGGCGACAAGUGCUUGGAGUUCGUUCGAUCCUUGGUGAACGAACAUCUCAACCUUGUCUUUUUGAUUGCCGCCAAAUACGGAUUGAACUACGAGAAUGAACACCGAACGGUGGUCAAGGCGACCAUUCAUAUUGCCCGCACGAAGCUCUGCAAGUAUCGCAGAGAUCAUUUGAACCAUCCUUCGAUCAGGGCUGCAACAAGCGUUCAAGAUACUGAUACGCUACGAACGAUUGUAAAGCUUCUGCCGUUCAACACGACGUGUCCUCUGCUCCGAUUCCAGUUCUUGGAGAAAUGGAUGAUAUUGUCUUCAGAGACUUUUGAAGGAAAAGAAAAGGCCCCCGAGACAGAGUCCUUGACGAAACGGUUGGUUAAAGAGAUGGAGUUGCUUAAGCACAUCGGUGCUAUGUGUCCCAGAUACUUGGUUGCCAAGGACGGACCCUUGCGCUCUUCCGUGUUGGUGGACGCCGAAGCCUUGGUGGAAGCAAUUGAUGCUAGCCCCUUGGAGCAGCAAUGUAGAAUGUUUCAGGAGAAGGAAGCGGCUGACAAAGGAGAGGACUCGGUAGUCCCCGUGGUGGAAGAAGUCUGGUGCUGAUGUGCUUUAUAUAGCAAAACCUAACUGAAAUAUAUUUUAGUCUAAUCUCAAGAGCUGAAUCUGACUGGAGGGUUGUCCGCAGGUGCAGAUUAGAAGCUCCAGAUUCCGAAUCGUAGCACUCCAUUCACUCCUUCCUCAGGCCAGCGGCGGACUGCCAAUAGGGUCAAUAGGGCUACAAAGAGAGGUAAACGUGUAUCGGUCUUAUGGGGUUUAGUGGGUAUCCACAGCCCUCCGGACUCGGUUCCCAUGACUGACCCAGGGAUUCAAGUAACCAUAGCUCUGAGUUUGUAGUUGCUGAAGUGUAACUUUCUUCAGCCCCAAAGCAUGGCACAUACCCCUAGCCAGCUCCAGGUGCAUGAAGGGCUAUCGA